AUGCCUCAAAAUGAAUAUAUAGAACUACACCAAAAACGAUUUGGGAAGCGUUUUGACCAUGAAGAAAGACUUCGUAAGAAACAAGCCAGAUUGCCCCAUGAAAUAAGCAGGAAGUGCAGGAAAACUAGAAAGUUGAAGGCCAAGAUUUUGAAUCGCAAGAGAUUUGUUGAAAAGAUAGAAAUUAAGAAAAAACUUAAGCAGUCAGAGGUUAAAGAAACAGAGCCAGAAGCUGUUAUAUCCGAAAAUGUUGUUCCAACUUAUUUACUCGACCGAGGUGGAGUCACUUCUGCGAAAGUUUUGACAAAUAUGAUUCGCCAAAAGCGAAAAGAUAAGGCCGGUAAAUGGGUUGUUCCCAUUCAAAAAGUGAAAGCGCUAACUGAAGCUGACAUGUUUUCAGUUUAUAAAUCAGGUAAACGUCAAAAAAAAGCAUGGAAAAGAAUUUUGAACAAAGUAGUAUUCGUUGGAGACGAUUUCACAAGAAAACCCCCCAAACUCGAACGAUACAUUCGUCCGUCUGCUAUGCGAAUGAAGGUGGCAAAUGUGACUCACCCAGAGCUUAAAACUACGUUUCAACUAAGCAUUGUAGGCGUAAAAAAGAACGCUCAGUCGGCUUUGUAUACUUCUCUCGGUGUUAUUACAAAAGGUACAAUAAUCGAAGUUGAUGUAAGUGAUUUAGGAUUGGUAACGCAAACAGGAAAGGUUGUAUGGGCAAAAUACGCUCAAGUAACCAAUAAUCCAGAAACAGAUGGCUGUAUCAAUGCGUUAUUAUUAACUUAA